AUGUCAGCAGCACUUUGAACAUUCGAUUAGUACCUUCAAAAUGGAAGGCGUUAAACUAAUUCCAAUUUCCGACCUUCUCCGUCGCCGCCGCCCAAUCUCCGGCGCCGUCUCUCUCCUCUACUCCCCUCCUCCGCCCACUCCUCCACCUUCCAUCAACUCCUCCAAAACCCUAAACCCUAGCACUACUUCUCGCGCCAAAAUCCUCAAAUCUCUCUCUCAACCUUCAAUCAUAAUCGGAAUUCUCCGUCUCCCACUCUUUAGUCAUUCUCCUCACCAUUGUUUCUCCUUCUCGGACGAUUCCGGUUCGCUUUGCUGCGACGUUCUGGAGUUCGAUUUGAAUAUGAUUAAGAGGGAAAUUCGUGUUAUCGCUUGGAAUUUCAUCCCUUUGAAGCAAUGUGGUGGAUUUUUGGAGAUUAUUAGAUGGGAAUUUGUGGGAUGUUGUGUUUCUGGUAAUGUUGAAUUUUUUCCUUUGGUUUUUGAUGAUAAUGAUGUUGUUGGGAAUGAUUGUGAUCCUAAGGGUAAGUAUAGUGUUUAUGGUGUAUUGGGUUCUGUUAGUCCUGUUUCGUUGAUUCCUUGUGUUUCGGAGAAUCGCCGUGGUUUUAUUUUAGAGGUUUUGUGCUGUGAUUGUAGGUUAUGCAAAUUUAAAGACUGUGUAAAGAUUUCUGAUGAUUUAGGUUUAAGAAGGGAUUCACAUUGUUUUAGUAGAAUUGAAUAUGUGUACUUUUGUGGGGUUGGCUCGUCUCCGUACUUUGUGUUUUUGAAGCUUGUAGGAAGUGUACUUCUAUUGUCGGGAUUGCGAAAGAAGUUGGUGUACAUAGAGAAUGAAGAGACUAGAUUAAUGUUUGUGUCAACUGAAAUGACUUGUUUGAGUGUUCCCAAGUUACAACAAAAUGAAGGAUAUUCGUUUCAAAAUGAUAAAGCUCGAAUCAAUGGAAAUUGGGAAUUAGGUAUGUAUAUUGGUGUAGUCAGAAGCACUUAUAUGCAGGGCAUGGUUGUUGAGUUGGAUGAAGAUGUUUGGCUCUUACUUACAGACGAAUCAUUGCUUUUGCCUCAUAGUGUCAGGGUUGGCUCAAUUCUAUCUGUGAGGAAUGUUCAUAUUGUGAACCCGAAGUUUACCUGGGGGAAAAUGCUUAUACUUGGGGCUUGCUGCAAGACCAACAUAAGGACGAUAUCUUUCUCUCCAUUGGAAAUUGGGUGUCAGCCAGUGUACCGGUCUCAGAGUCUUCUGGGAAAAUUUAUGGAGACAUUGGUCUUUCCAGCUCGAUUAUGGACAUUACUCUUGGUCCAAUGUCUAAGAAAAAAGUUUUCUGGAGCUUUUUCAGAAAAGGAGAUUCUAGGAACAAAGCAUAAGGAAGGUUUGGUGCAAACUUAUGCCAGGUCCACGCUGCCAUCAUCCGUUUUUCAGUCACGGCAUGGUUCUUUCACGGAGUUCUGCAAGCAUGAUUCAUGUGGCUCUGGUAGCAACAUCAACUACAGCAGCUUAAGUUUGGCCAUGCCAUUCUCCUAUUUAGUCAAUAACUGUGAGAGGAUGUUUAUAAUAUCACUUCUGCAAAUGAAUAAUGGUAUCAAAAUCUUAGAAGAAUGCAGCCAAGUAGGUCAUCCUUUCAGGGAAAAAAGACUUUCUGAUCAACUAAUCAGGAGGAUCUUACCUAGUAAAGACAUUGGAGUUUCUUUACUAGGGAACUUGAAGAUUUGUCCAGCUACUGGAAGAUUGCAAUAUAUUGAUGGCACAGCUAGUGUUGAUGCUGUUAUACCAGACAUUCCAUCAGCCUGGGACAUUAAUGCUAUCUAUGAGGUUUUUGACUAUAAUCUUGUGUUAGAAGGCAAGCCCGGAAUGUGGGCUCAAUUUUGGAUGCUUCUUAGCAACUUUUUUUCAUGCGGAAGUUUGUUUGAGACCAUCCCAGUAGAAAGACGAAUGCAGUUGACAGUAUAUUUGCACUUUUCUUGGAGCAAUGUAAGCUACAGGCAUUUCACCGUUCAUCCAUGCUUGAGUGCAAUCAAUAGCACUGCAAAACUUGAUCCUGGAGCAUUUCACUUGCUCUAUUUAACCCACAAAUUCCCGUUGCAAUCACGGUUUCACGGUGACGUAUCUGGCAAAAGCCGUUUAUUUGCUGAGGUCAUGGUCUUGCCAUGGGAUCUGAGUAUUGGUGUGAGUAAUGGUGCAGUUUUUCAGACAAAAAUGCCACAAGAUGAUCUUGUAAUUGGCUGCCACGAUGCGUUUUCUUUUAAGAGAUGUAAAACUCAUCUAACAUCAAGUUGCAUUGACAAAGUUGGAUUAUGCAACAAUUUUGAAGAAUUUGAAAACAGAUCAUGUGACCAACCAAACAAUCUGCUUUCCUUGCCACACAAGACAAGGAUUACCAACAGAUUUAGAGGUGCAUCUUCCAUUCAAUUUCCUUGUAAGGUAACUGGUAGAGAAAUACAUGGUCAAGUCAUGGAUGUACCUGCAGCUCUGUGUUUUGUUGAUGGUAACUGUGACAUCACUGACAUGCUUUGUUCAAGAAAAGUUCUAGAGUUCAAUUCUGAAAACUUCUCCAAGUAUAAGUUCAUGCAAAUUGGUGGUAUUUACAUCAUGAAGCAUUGUGCUGAGAAGUGCUUGUGUGAUUCUCACCACAUGGGAAGUAGCAUGUUCAUCACCUCAGAUACAAAAUUCUGGAGCCUUUCAUUUCAAUUUGGUGAAGCCAUGGACUGUUCCUCUGUCUCAUGCAACGAUCUCUCAUAUGCUUCUCAUUCUACUAGGAAGAACUUAAACAGGUUCUGCCAUCAAAAUGAGCUUGUGCUCAACCCUUGUAGCAUUGCUGAUCAUGGAUCUUUCACUGAUGUUGAUCUACAUGUGGCAGUAGAUGCAACUGAUCUCUCAGAUGUGGAUAUUGGGUUUCAGAGCUUGAAGAAGCUUGUCUUAAACUUGUCACUGAAACCAACAAAUAUCUUUAAUAUUCAACAAGAAGUUGGCUGCGGGAACAUUAUGACAGGCCUUUUUGAGAACCAAGGAAUUUAUUCUGGCAUUGGUCUUCCCGAAGGAAAAUUAAUCUCUCUGCAAGGAAUUGUAGCCAGACUUUACAAUUCUGAUGGCUAUUCUAUUGAUAGAAUCCCGUGCAAUAGAGCUGCUCAUAACAUUCAUCUGCCGAAAUCCAGCAUAGGAAAGGAAUGCUCAAUCAACCUGCUUGUCUUGACGGAUUGUCACAUGCUGCAGAUUUGUGGUUGCCUUAGUAAGCUUGACUAUCCUGUUGGAUUGGGGCCAGGUGCAGCUGUUACAUUUCACAGGAUACUUGCACUUAGAGGGCCGAAUUGUUUUACGUUGACUCCAGUAUCAUUCAUCACUAUCAACUCUGUGAGAGAAACCCCUUCAUCUGUGAAAUCACUUUUUCCUAUUCCUGAGGAAACUAUUGCAUCUUGUUUAAUAUCUGACCUGAUCCAGUGUGAUACGGGCCAGCCAAGAAGGUUCCAUUGCAGUGUUGUUGCAGUUUACUUUGUGAUGCUUGAAAGAAACACGAAUAUGGAUAAGCUGUUGUCUCAAAUUCAAUUGGGGUCACCGGUGGUAAACAUUCCACUCGCUGGCUUUAUUAUGGAUGAUGGGUCAUCACAAUGUUGUUGUUGGACUCAUGGUGAAAGAGCAGCAACAUUUUUGAGGCUAUAUGAAGAGAUUCCUCAGGCAAAAUCUGGAAGUUGUUGGUGGAGAUCAAAGGCUGCAAGUAGAAGCAGGGUCUUCAGUACACCCAGUUACCAUAUUGACAGAAUUUUGAAGAAACAUGGACGACUACGAGUGAAAAAUUAUGGAUCCAUACAUGACGCUUCAUGCCAAGAUAUUCAGCUUUCUGAUGGUUCAGAUUGCACUUUUGGCGGUCAAGAUGAGAAUCUGCUUAAGUUUAUAAUGUUAAAUGCUUGUUCUAGCACAUUAUGGAAUAUAACUGGUCACGCGAUGGAUUUUGAUGCUGUCAGCAUGUUGGAGAAGAAUCUUUUGGAGGAGCAUAUGACUCUGCAUGCUUUACAAAAUGUGUGGGCAAGAGAAGUUUGUCAAGUGAACCCUCUUGCUCAAGCCAAGGAAUUAUUUCAGGACCUCUAAUCAGGUUUCUGCAGCUGGCUUCUGUAGUUUUUCAGCUGAAUUCAUUAGUUGUGACACUUGCUACAUUCAGGUAUAAGAGCUUCUGGAAUGUGUCUUCCGAGAACACUCAACUGCAAUGGGCACUUCUUAGGAGCUGGACUGCUUGGACUUUUUGUGGAUAAUCUGAGGGAUUUUUCUAUCAACAAGAGAAGCAAUGGGCGUGGAAUUAUUUAUCAUUUGCUAAGUCUAAAGCCUCAGGAGUCAGGACAAUCCCUUGUUAUUGCUGUUGCUAUGGAAUUAGUGAAUUCUCAUGCAGUCUUAUAUUGGAAUUUCUGAUGAGGAUGGCGUGGUCAGCCAGUUUUUACUUGGGACUUUAAAUUCCGUAUCAAAGUACCUGUGUUCAAGUGUAAGGAUAUAUGCAGUGCUUGAACACACAAUUAAGACUAGAAAAGCAUCAAGAGUCCUAGGUAACAGAAAGUUCCGAAAGUUCACAUAGCUUGACAUGCAUUACGGAGGAGUCUUGACACUAGGUAACCGUGUACAAGUUGAAGUAAAGCCAUUUGGCUGUAUUUAUAUUGAUGUGUAAUGUUCAUUUGUGGCUGUGAACUUAGGUACUGUAAGUAGGUUUCCGGCUACGAUCUGAAGUUGUAUAUAUCCAUUUUAAAUUUUUUACUGAAAUUCAUAGCUGUAUAGGUAUAGAUAAUAUCUUAGGCAUUAGGUAACCUUGAUCCUUUCAAAAAAUAUUAAGGGCACUCAUGCGGCCAUGCCCAACAGUUUUGUUCUUUUAUUUUAUUUUAUAAUAAUUGUACAAAUCAUUUUCAAAUUA